GCCCACAGCCGCGCCGCGCUCGCCCGGCUGGAGAAGCUGCUGCGCUGCUCGCGCUGCACUAGUAUUCUGAGGGAGCCUGUGUGUUUAGGAGGAUGUGAGCACAUCUUCUGUAGUAACUGUGUGAGUGACUGCAUUGGAACUGGAUGUCCAGUGUGUUAUACCCCGGCCUGGAUACAGGAUGUGAAGAUAAAUAGACAAUUGGACAGCAUGAUCCAGCUCUGUAGUAAGCUUCGGAAUUUGCUGCACGACCACGAGCUUUCAGAUUUAAAAGAAGAUACAUCUAGGAAAAGUUUAUUUGAUGAUGCAGAAAGUAAGAAGAAUUCAAUAAAAAUGUGGUUUAGUCCUCGAAGUAAGAAGGUCAGAUAUGUUGUGACUAAAGUUUCAGUGCAAACCCAGCCUCAAAUGAUAAAUGAUGAAAAUGCUCAGCAGAGCUCAAUGUAUGAAUAUGUUUCUCCAAGUCCUACAGGAGAUGUUUCGGAGACGGCUAAAAAGGCUCCUACAAGAUCUAGAAAAAAGCAAAAAAAGAAAACUUUAGCUGAAAUCAACCAAAAAUGGAGUUUAGAGGUAGAAAAAGAAGAUGGUGAACUUGAUUCCAAAGAGGAAUGUAAGGAAAAGCUGGUAUCCUUCUGUAGCCAACCAUCUAUUAUUGCUAGUCCGCAGAUAAAUGGUGAGAUAGACUUACUAGCAAGCGGCUCUGUAACAGAAUCCGAAGGUUUUGGAAGCUUAACUGAAGUCUCUUUACCAUUGGCUGAGCAAAUAGAGUCUCCAGAAAAUAAGAGCAGGGAUGAAGUAGUGACUCCUGAGAAGAAUCUCUGUGAAAAGUAUCUUUCGUCUAAGAAAUCCUUGCCAUUAGGUCAUAAUGGAAAACGUGGGCGUCACAACAGACUUUCCAGUCCCGUGUCUAAGAGAUGUAGAAACAACGUUCUGAGCACCGGUGGAAAUUCUGUCAAGCAAACAGUGCUCUCAGAAAACACACCAUUGCCUGGCUGUUCUUCACCACCUUCAAGCAAACUUAAAGUUGAUGACACGUUAGGGAGGAAAAGCAGUAUUCUAGCGGAUGAAUCUAUUAGUCUUUCACCAGGUACACCACCUUCUACACUGAAUAGUUCAAGUUACAGACGAAUGAUAUCCAGCCCCUCAGCAAUGAAGCUGUCGCCUAGAAGGCUUAUGGCUGUGAAAAGAAAUCAUAGAGGAGAGACUCUCCUCCAUAUUGCUUCUAUUAAGGGUGACAUACCUUCUGUUGAAUACCUCUUGCAAAACGGAAGCGACCCAAAUGUUAAAGACCAUGCUGGAUGGACACCAUUGCAUGAAGCCUGCAAUCAUGGGCAUCUGAGGGUGGUAGAGUUGUUGCUUCAGCACAAGGCAUUGGUGAACACCACUGGGUAUCAGAACGACUCACCGCUUCACGACGCAGCCAAGAAUGGACACGUGGAUAUAGUCAAGCUAUUGCUGUCCUCCGGAGCCUCCAGGAAUGCCGUUAACAUAUUUGGUCUGCGGCCUGUGGAUUAUGCAGACAGUGAAAAUAUGAAGUCGCUGUUGCUGCUACCAGAGAAGAAUGAAUCAUCAUCAACUAGCCGUUACUCGGUAAUGAACACUGGUCAGCGCAGAGAUGGACCUCGUGUACUUAUAGGCAGUGGGCUUUCUUCAGAACAACAGAAAAUGCUUAGUGAGCUUGCAGUAAUUCUUAAGGCUAAAAAAUGUGCUGAGUUUGACAGUACAGUAACUCAUGUCGUUGUUCCUGGUGAUACAAUUCAAAGUACCCUGAAAUAUAUGCUUGGGAUUCUCAAUGGAUGCUGGAUCCUAAAAUUUGAGUGGGUGAAAGCAUGUCUACAAAGAAAAGAAUGUGAACAGGAAGAAAAGUAUGAAAUUCCUGAAGGACCACGGAGAAGCAGGCUCAACCGAGAACAGCUGUUGCCAAAGCUCUUUGAUGGAUGCUACUUCUAUUUUGGGGGAACCUUCAAACACCAUCCGAAGGACAACCUUAUUAAGCUUGUCACUGCAGCCGGGGGCCAGAUCCUCAGCAGGAAGCCCAAGCCAGACAGUGACGUGACUCAGACCAUCAAUACCGUGGCGUACCACGCCAAGCCCGACUCUGACCAGCGCUUCUGCACACAGUACAUCAUCUACGAGGACUUGUCUAAUCAUCGCCCAGAGAGGGUUCGGCAGGGCAAAGUGUGGAUGGCGCCUUCCAGCUGGUUCAUAGAUUGUGUGAUGUCAUUUGAGUUGCUCCCUCUCGACAGCUGAAUACUGCACCAGAUGAGCAUUUCAAGUUGAACUUAUACGGUGUGAGAACCCAGCCAUUGCACUGUUCUCAUCAUUCAUAUUUUUACAGAUAGGUAGACUCAUUCAUAUAUUUUUUUUUCUCGAAUGAAAAAGAAAUUUUAUGCCAGAUUGGGAAAUCAUUCUGUGUUUACCCUUUAGAUGCUGGGAUUGGUUUGAAGAAUUUUUCAUUUUAAAACUGGCAUAUGUUUUGAUUCAUCAUGUCUUUCUAUUCAAAUGAUCAGCUAUCAAAGAUUAGUGAGAGAGUAUCAGAACUGUUGGUUAAAUAUACAAGUGGUAUCGUUACUGCCUCAGCCUUUUAAUGUUCUUUGAUGAAAAAAAUCCACACCUGCCACCAGCAAAAAUGCUUCCCAUUCUUUGGUAAACGAAGAAUAUUUUCAAAUAAUUUGUUCUGGCUUCAUUGUAAUGAAAAUAGUGUACCUGGUCUAAAUGUGCCACCAUAGAUGUCAGAUUCUCCUCCUGUGUACGAUUGUUGUCAUCUUACAUUGUGUUUAGUUUCUUAUAAUUUGCUUCAAUGUCUGUUCCUACGUUUUUAUUCCUUAUUUGUAUCUUGUCUAUUCAUCAAGAAAUCAUGAUUUAAACCUUAACAUUAUCAUUCUUUGGUGGUGAAACUCAACAUUGGGCUCAUGGUACAUAUUUUUAUUAUAUACACUUGCUUAUUGUUAACUAUCAAUUUAUAACUGUGUUUAUCUACAAUAUAUGUAUAUAUACUUAAAGCAUUUUCGCUAACACAUUUUAGUGUCUAUUCUGUGGAAGGUCUCACCAGACUAGCAAAUUGUCAAUCAAAUCUUAAUAAAUUAAAUUAGGAAGC